AUGGCUCAUGGGAAAACAAUUCUUGGAAACCGGCAACCGCCAACAGGAGAGACAUCACUACAAAUUCCACCUCACAUUGGAGAUGUAACCCAGGAGGCAGUCAGACUCUCCAGCUACAGAAACUUCCCCGAUUCUGUACCCGUGAGCGCCUCCAGGAUGGCCCGAGCAGGGUUCUACUACAGCGGUACCGGCGACCGUGUGGUGUGUUUCUCCUGCAGUGGGGGCGUGGAGGGAUGGGAGUACGGUGACACCGCCAUGGGCGAACAUGGAAGGCUGUACCCGCACUGCGACUUCGUGAACGGCAGUGAGACAAGAAACAAGCCGCUGCUCCCACCACCAGGGAUGUUCCAAGCAGCAGUGCCACAAGCGGCGGCCGCACCACCACCAGCGGGGAGGGACUACGCAGAUUUCCUUUCUCCAGCUCAACAGGACAAGCUGAGGAGAAAAGAAGCUGACCUAAACGACAACAACGACAACAACUUCCGCCAGCCCCCAUCAACAGGCGCAAACGUUACUAAUCUUGGCAGAUCCGACAACAAGAACUCAGCGCAAGGUAGGGACAACCCUGACAGCAUGCCAACCAUCGCCCGUCAGAAUUUUGUGACUCAGAACGUUAACCAUUUGCUGUCUAAUACUAAUACCGGGUAUGACGUGACAGAUCCAGGGCCAGGUACACCACAUGUACACGAGAGAGACAUUGACCCAAGAGAACAGUACAAGAGCGAGCAAAGACGUCUGGACUCCUAUGUCACAUGGCCUGCCUGGGCUCCCUUCCAACCACAGGAACUCGCCAAGGCUGGGUUCUUCUACACGGGAUCCGACGACCGCGUGCAGUGCUUCUGUUGCCAGGGCAUCCUCCGCAACUGGGAGGCAGGCGACCGAGCGAUGAACGAACACCGCCGCCAUUUCCCGUCCUGUCCAUUUGUCCUGAACUUCAACGUAGGAAACAUCCCAAUUGAAGACCAAGACCCCAACCUCCCUCCUUCCAUUCAGCAGUCCUCACCCACGUCACCUCCAGCCAGCCAAUCCUCGGGGCUGUACCAGACGGCAAGGCUUUACCAGCCAGGACUACAGGUAACAACGUACCGAGCGUCCAGACCUCAACAUCCGCAGAUGGCAGAUGAACAGAUCAGACUGUCCUCCUUUCACCUGUGGCCCUCGUCUACAGCUGUGGCUGCACAGCACCUGGCUAAAGCUGGCUUCUUCUACACAAUGGUUGCAGACAACGUGAAAUGCUUCUACUGUGACGGUGGUCUGCGGAACUGGGAGCCAGGGGACGAGCCGUGGACGGAGCACGCCAAGUGGUUCCCGCGGUGCGAGUUCCUACUGCAGCAGCGAGGAGACGACUAUGUGCAGGGAGUACAGGCUCGAUUCCCUAACCUCCAUGCACGGCAACAGGUACAGAUAUUGCAGCAGCACAUGAGACCACCAGAUGAAGCAGGAACUGGUCGACCAGCUCCGCGCCUGAAGACCUCCCAGAGCAGCCUGGCUGUGGAGAUGCAGAGUCAGGUGGUGUCAGGUGUCCUGGAGAUGGGCUUCGACCCCAACAUCGUCAGGAACGCCGUCCAGCAGCACCUGCGGGAACACAGCAGCGGCUUCACCUCCGCGCACGAGCUGGUCGUCGCCGUGCUGGACCUCGAGGAGGAGGAGGAGAGGAUGGAGCAUUCAGGGUCAUCCCAGAUGGGGAAAGGGGCUGGACCAGGGGAGGGGGCGUCGCAGAAGCUGAAAGAGUUGGAACAACCAGCUGCAACAUCAACCACAGCUGCAGCUGCAGGGGCAGAGGCCAGUGGGACAGAGGAACCACAACCAGGGACAAGUGCAGCAAUGGAGGAACCAGCAGCUGCUGCUACAGGGGAGGGCAACAGUUUUGAACAGUUGAAGAAGGACCUGGACAAGUACAAGGAUGAGAGAACGUGUAAGAUCUGUAUGGAUGCUGAAGUCAACAUAGUCUUUAUCCCAUGUGGACACCUAGCGGUUUGCGCCAACUGUGCAGCCAGCGUACGCAGGUGCCCAAUUUGUAGGGCUAGCAUUCGUGGCGCUGUCCGGACGUACAUGUCUUAGGUUGAAACUCAAAGUUCGAACUUAGGAAUUUUUUUAGUCUCUAAAACAUAAAA